AUGGUCCUGGGCUCUGGUGGCCUUCUGCUGCUCCUGGCCAUGCUCGGUGUCUCCUGCAGGGUCCUGCACCCAGAGAUGUCCCCAACAGGGUGCGGCCAGCCCCAGGUUCCGAAUGCAGAAGGCCGCAUUGUUGGGGGUCACGCUGCCCAGGCUGGCGCGUGGCCCUGGCAGGCCAGCCUCCGGCUACGGAAAGUGCACGUGUGUGGAGGGGCUCUCCUCAGCCCUCAGUGGGUGCUCACAGCCGCCCACUGCUUCUCCGAGUCCUUGAACUCAUCUGACUACCAAGUCCACCUGGGGCAGCUGACCAUCACUCUGUCCCCCCAUUUCUCCACUGUGAGGCAGAUCCUCCUGUACUCCGGCCACCCGGGAGCACCGGGGUCCAGCGGGGACAUCGCCUUGCUGCAGCUGAGUACCCCUGUGACGCUCUCCAGCCGGGUCCUGCCCAUCUGCCUCCCCGAGGCCUCGGCCGACUUCCCCCCGGGGACACCGUGCUGGGUGACGGGCUGGGGCUACACGAGGGAGGGAGAGCCUCUGCAGUCCCCGUACAUCCUGCAGGAGGCAGAAGUCUCCAUCGUGGACACAGAGACCUGCAGCCGGGACUACUCUGGUGCAGGGGCCAGCCCCAUUCGGCCGGACAUGCUGUGCGCCCGGGGCCCUGGGGAUGCCUGCCAGGACGACUCCGGAGGGCCUCUGGUCUGCCAGGUGGGCGGGAUCUGGCUGCAGGCUGGCGUGGUGAGCUGGGGUGAGGGCUGUGGCCGCCCUGACCGACCUGGGGUCUACACCCGCGUCCCUGCCUAUGUGAGCUGGAUCCAUGGCUACAUCCUGGCCUCAGGGGCCUCGGGGCCUGUGCGCCCUCAGCUCACCGGGCCCCCUCUCGUUUUCCUCGCCGGCUUCUUCCUUCCCGGCCUCCUCCUCCUCCUCGUCUCCUGCGUCCUGGUGGCCCAAUGCUCUCUGCACAGGGCUUGGGGCAAGGCCUCUGAACCUGCAAUUAGGGCUAGGGAGCUCGAGAGGGGCAUGAGCCCCGGUUACCGGGGGUCCCGGGUCAUCAAAAGGGUUCUCAAAAGUGGGCACACGCUGCGCCUGGAGAAAGAGGCCUGCAGCAGCCCUGCUCCACUCAGCUCAGUGUCUUCUCCCCAUGGGGAAACUAAGGCUUGA